CAAUCCGGGAAAAAAGAAAAUGCAUUUGUUUAUCGAGUAAACAGAAACAAAUUCAUUGGAGAUGCAGCCGGUUGUACUUGCUGCAUUCCCCAACUGUUGCUCUUUCGUUCCCACACGCCUAGUUCAUUUCAAUUCCGGAGAAAAACCCAUCACCAUUAAUGUUUCCUUCCCCAGGAAUCAAUCGCACCUCAAAACCCUCUGUUUUUUAGCUCUCCCUAAGACCACCUACGAUUUCAGCCAACCCCAGCACGAGAAUCAGAACAGAACCAACAGCUACACGUACCCAGAUCAUAAAUCCACCUUUUUAGAACAAUUUUAUCCUUCCUUCAGCCAGAAAAACGUGAAUAAUCAAGACCCAGAUCCGCAAGACCAAGAAGAAGAGGAGGAGGAAAAACAUCCUGAAAGGACCAAUUUUGGGGGUUUUCUAAGAGUCAUUUUCUCGAAAAUGUGGUGGACGGAUUUGAGGGCAGCUGUGGGACAAAGAAUCAAUGUUGAAGGCAUCUUGUUUUCGGUCCGGGUGUUUGUUAAAGACCGUCACUUGGCGUUGCCGCAUGUUGCAGUGCGUGAUAUAAGGUGCAUUGAUUGGUCUGAGCUCCACAGAAGAGGGUUUAAAGGCGUGGUUUUCGAUAAGGACAAUACCAUUACUGUUCCUUAUUCUUUGACGCUUUGGCCUCCUCUCCGUCCUUCCAUUGACAAGUGCAAGGAUGUUUUUGGACCUGAUAUCGCCGUGUUUAGCAACUCUGCCGGUCUUUUAGAGUACGAUUAUGAUGGUUCAAAGGCGAAGAAACUAGAAGGGACUAUUGGGAUUAAAGUGAUAAGGCACAAGGUGAAGAAACCAGCUGGAACAGCUGAAGAAAUCGAGAAACAUUUUGGAUACAAGUCAUCGCAACUUAUCAUGGUGGGUGAUAGGCCCUUCACAGAUGUUGUUUAUGGAAACCGUAAUGGAUUUUUCACUAUACUAACUGAGCCUUUAAGUGUUGUUGAAGAGCCAUUCAUUGUUAGGCAGGUUCGGAAACUAGAACUGACCGUCGUAAAUUGGUGGGUUAGAAGAGGUUUGAAGCCAGUUAGUCAUAGUUUGCUACCAGAUGCAAAGCAGUGUCUGAAAGAUUCAGAUUGUUAGUAAGAAUGUUAUGGAUACAUGUGAAAAUAAUUGUUGAUGUAGCCUAUGACAAAUUUUUUAGUCAUGAUUAUUUGGUUUUACCAGCCAUGUGA